AUGGUCCGCCUGCACAAUCGCCACCACUCUUUCCUCCUGCGGUGGGCAGACAGACUGCGGCAAACUGGCAUGCUUUGUGAUAUGGUCCUUGUAGCAGAGGGUCAUACAUUCAAAGCACAUGCUCUGGUCCUGGCCUGCGUUAGCAAAACAGUGCAGCGCCAUUUGACUAACAAGGUCGGAGACUCUGGCUACUACUACUGUUUGGACAGACUCUCAUCCCGAGCACUUCAGCAGGUACUGGAUUACAUAUAUGGUGAGUGGGUGGAGGUGCCAGAGGGGGACCUGAUGGAGCUCCUGAAGGCUGCUGAGUGCCUUGAGGUGGAGCAGUUGGUGGAGGAGUGUCAGGUGUGUCUGAGAGGCACAGAGAUGCGCAUUACCUUCUGUGAGAAAACAGAAGCUGAUGAAAUGGGGGUUUCCUCUCAUGGUGACAAAAGCAAUGCUUCUCAACAGCUUCUCCUUGACAAAGACUUGCCCGAGCUGAGAGAUCCAGAGACUGCCUUGAGUCCAUCAUCUCAGCCUCAAAGAGCCUGUUUGUCAGCACCCUUGCUGUCUCCCACAGCCCAAACAGUGAGUGCAUUGUCUGGUGAUUUGGCCACCUACCCCACCUCCAGCUCAAGCCCAACCCAUGGUCGAAUCUCACAAUUCCACUGGCCACCGCUGGGUUUAUCACAUCGCAUGUUGCUAAGGUGCAGGGACAUCAUGACUGUGCAGUCGCUCCGGUCGCCUCAUCAUAUUGUGGCGUACCCUUACCCAAUCCCAUCAUACCCCCUGCUACCCCAGCCCCAUCCACCCCACGAGUCUCCAUCUAGGGUCAGCUUUGAAGGCUUUCUGCAACCCUAUCAUGAUCUCCUCCGCUCUGGCUCCCAAGAACUGGGCCAGCUGCGAAAACAGAGUCUGUUGGCAAAAAAAAGUUUGGCCACCAAGAUGACUAUCAAAGCAGACACUCCAGAGAAAGAGGAAAGUUUACCAAGGCAAGUAUGUAGGAAUCUCCAGAGAAAGACCUGGUUGAGCAAAGGAGUUAAGUGUGUCUUUGGAGAUAUUUUUGACAAAUCCACCUACAAAGCGCUGGAACAAUUUGACACAGGCCUGACCGAGCGCAGUUCAUCUGGUAAUGAGCUGCGCUCUGAGGGAUCCUUUACUCUAGCUUAUUGUUCUAAGAUCCAAGGCUCAGACAAGACAUCGCGGGGUUGUAAGUUUUGUGGGCGAGGCCUAAGGGAUAGGUGGCCACAGCGUUCUCAUAGACGUGGCCUGAGUGGGGAGAAACCAUACCAGUGCCAGCACUGUGCCAAAAGAUUCAGUCUGAAACAUCAGCUGGACACCCACCUUAGGGUACACACAGGUGAGAAACCGUUUGAGUGUCGUCUCUGUGGCCAGCGUUCCCGUGACUACUCAGCCAUGAUUAAACAUCUGCGCACACAUGGUGGUGCCACACCCUAUCAGUGUACACUGUGUCUGGAGUUCUGCAGUAGCCAGGCAGCCAUGCAGAAGCACCUGAAAGGCCACCCCACACAGGACUUCCCGCAAGACUGGACCCUAGCCAGCACCUACCUCUAUACUUGCCAUGCAUGA